UUUUGUUGUAGAGAUAUUAUUAUUUCUAAUUUCUAAAUUUGAACGGUGACUCGGAAUGACAACCAUUCGGCUUAGGAAUCCUCGGAAGGAUUUGUGUUUAUGUUAGAAAAGACCGUUUCAGAAAUUCAGGGACGAUCGGAAUGAAUGCUUAAAAUUCAAGUAAACUUGCUUGAACACGCACGUGCUGGUUCGCGACUACGUCGCCGGCGAUCAAAUGGACGUUGAGAGAUCGUCCCUUUGCAAUUGCGUCGUGAAUUUCCUGUUGGAAGAGAACUACCUCUUAACGGCAUUCGAGCUUCUGCACGAGCUUCUCGACGAUGGGCGUGACAACCAGGCUAUUCGCCUUAAGGAAUUUUUCGCCGAUCCAGUCCAGUUCCCUCCUGAUCAGAUCUCUCGUUUCAACUCUCUUCGAGUUGCUGACCCCCAGACUCUUCUUGAAGAAAGAGAGACAAUAGAUGAAAAAUUGGCGCUUGCUGAGUAUGAUCUUCGAUUAGCUCACGAAGACAUCACUAAGCUUAAGAAUGAUUUGCAGAGGAGAAAUCGGACUGUCCUCGACCAAAACAGUGUAUCAAAGGAACAUGUAUCUGAAAAAAUGGACACCGAGUUUCAGCAGCAGAAAAAGGAAAUUUCAUUCUCUGAUUUGGGUCCUUUGAAGGAAAAUGAACGCAAAGAUCUCAACUUUGCUGUAAAGGAGUAUUUGUUGAUGGCAGGGUACCGUUUGACUGCUAUGACAUUCUACGAGGAGGCCACAGACAAGAGUUCAGAUUUUUCGCCAAACUCAUCUGCAUGUGUCCCAGAUGCUUUACGCCAUUACUACUACCAAUACAUGUCUUCCUCCAGUGAAGCUACCGAGGAGAAAAUAACUAUGCUUAGAGAAAAUGAAUCAUUGCUUAAGGAAAAUGAAAGGCUGAAGCAUGAAAAGCAGGCCUUGUUUAAGAGUAAGGAAAUGAUAGAUGCCCGCGUCAUCUCUUUGACAAAGUCCUUGGAGACCCUGCAGAAGGAUAUUAAGGACAAGGAGAUACUGGUCCAUGACUUAAAGCACUCUCUGGAUGGACAAAGGAAAGAACUGAACAACUGUAGAGCUGAAAUAACAUCACUUAAAAUGCAAAUUGAGGAAGCUCAUUCUCGACAAAAUUUAUUUGCCAGUAAUGAACUUUUAAAAUUUCCUUUUGGUGAUGAGUCUACCAAUGAAAUGAAGUUGCUAGUGAGUGACAUUGAGAGUUUGAAAGAGGCAGGAAACUCUGGUGAUACUGAAGCUCUAGAAGCUAGUCACAUGGAGAGCAAUGCUGAGGAAAAAGAUGAAGAUGGAGAGUCAUAUGAUAAUGGUGCUCCAAAAUGUACAGAUGAUUUCUCAUUUGGUGGUUUGAGAAAUCAAGAUUCUGAUUUGAUGAUAGACCCACUCUCUAAUGCUGUCAAUAAACCUGAGGACCUUUUAGUGGCUCCGGAUGAGAGUAGUUUUCCCGAAAAUAUUGAAAAUUUCAACAGUGAACCACACAUAGAAACAUAUUCACCAAUGAAACAUGACAGUCUUGCGGCUGAACCCAUCCCAGAUAAGAUGGCUUUGGAGACAAUACAGAUAGUUUCAGAUUCAUUGCCUAAAAUUGUACCUUACGUUUUGAUAAACCAUAGGGAGGAACUACUUCCUUUGAUAAUGUGUGCGAUUGAGCGACAUCCAGAAAGCAGCACUCGAGAUUAUUUGACUCACACGCUAUUCAACUUAAUCAAGCGCCCAGAUGAACAGCAGAGGCGGAUUAUUAUGGAUGCUUGUGUUACUCUUGCCAGAAAUGUUGGGGAGAUGAGAACAGAAACAGAACUACUUCCUCAAUGUUGGGAACAAAUCAAUCACAUGUAUGAGGAGCGUAGGUUGCUGGUUGCUCAAUCAUGUGGAGAGCUUGCUGAAUUUGUUCGACCAGAGAUUCGUGAUUCCCUUAUCUUAUCCAUUAUUCAGCAGCUGAUUGAGGAUUCUGCAACGGUUGUUCGUGAGGCGGCUGCCCAUAACCUGGCUUUGCUGCUACACCACUUUCCAAAUACAGAUAAAUAUUUCAAGGUCAGCUUCACUACAUAUGCUUCGAGGCAAUCAUGGAGAAGAAACCUGACUUGUCAGAAUUGCCUGCAACGUUGAGGAGAUUAUGUUUCAAUUAUUGUGCGAUCCAUCUGGAGUCGUAGUCGAAACAACCAUGAAAGAACUCGUUCCGGCUUUGGUAACCUGGGGAAAAAAUUUGGAUCAUAUGUCACAACUUCUACUCUCUCAUAUCUUGCAAUCAGCUAAGCGUUCUCCCCCUCUUUCAGGAGUCGAAGGUUCCAUUGAAUCACAUCUUCGAGUUUUAGGUGAACGCGAACGCUGGAAUAUUGAUGUGCUGCUGCGGUUGCUGGUAGACUUGGUUCCACAUCUCCACCAGUCAGCUAUUAAAACCUGUCCUUUCCCAUCAGUCACAGAUUCUGAACAAAUGUUCUCAAUCUCUCUGUUUCAACAAUAUGCAGACGGACGAGUAGAGUGGCCCUCAUUUGACUGGCUGCAUAUUGACUUCUUUCCUGCGUUAAUUGAACUGGCCUCUUUGCUACCUCAAAAGGAAGAUAAUUUGAGAAGUCGUAUAACAAGGAUCCUGUUGGAGGUAUCACAUCAUUUUGGUGAAUAUUAUCUUUCACAUAUCAUGCUUCCUGUAUUCUUGGUAUCAGUGGGGGAUAGUGGGGAUUUGACAUUCCUGCCAACUAAAUUCAAGUCAAGGAUGAAAAGUUUGAGGCCAAAAACUGCUAUAGCUGAGAGGCUCGCCCUACUGUGUGUUCUGCCUCUUCUCUUGGCAGGUGUUUUAGGCUCUCGUGCUACAAAGGAACAAUUGACGGAGUAUGUGAGAAGUUUGUUAAUCCGUAGUUCAGAUCCAGAAAAUAAAAAAGUGAAGCAUGAGAUUGUCAAUGCUGUUCGAUUCCUUUGCACAUAUGAAGAACAUCACAAUAUGAUUUUUAACAUCCUCUGGGAAAUGGUACUGAGUUCCGAUAUAAGCAUGAAAACAGAUGCUGCAAAUGUUUUCAAAGUUAUUGUUCCAUAUAUUGAUGCAAAAGUUGCCUCAACUCAUGUUUUGCCUGCCCUUGUAACUCUUGGUUCUGACCAAAAUUUGCAUGUGAAAUUUGCCAGCAUUGAUGCAUUUGGAGCAGUAGCUCAGCAUUUCAAAAUGGAUACGAUUGUUGACAAAAUACGUGUUCAAAUGGAUGCUUUUAUUGAUGAUGGAUCACAUGAAGCUACAAUUGCUGUAAUUAGAGCUCUUGCAAUUUCUGUGCCACGUACAACUGAAACACUUCGAGAUUAUCUUCUCUCCAAGAUCUUCCAAUUUUCAACUGCACCGACCCCUUCUAAUGAUGUGAUGCGCCGUCGUGAGAGAGCAAAUGUGUUCUGUGAAGCAAUUCGUGCGCUGGAUGCUACAGAUCUUCCCACUUCUAGUAUUAGAGACUUGCUCUUGCCCACUAUCCAGAACCUUCUUAAAGAUCUUGAUUCUAUUGAUCCCGCUCAUAAAGAAGCUCUUGAAAUUAUAUUGAAGGAAAGAUCAGGUGGUACAUUGGAUACCAUUAGCAAGGUGAUGGGUGCGCAUUUGGGAAUUGCAUCAUCUGUUACCAGUUUUUUUGGUGAAGGUGGUCUAUUAGGAAAAAGAGAAAGUGGAGACACAUUGCCAACUGCACCAGAGCCUGUAGCUACCCCAUUGAAGCAAGUGGCAAUGGCAUCACCAGCUGAAGACACAAGAUUAAGACGGAUCAUGAGGGGUGGCUUCACAGACAUGCUUAGGGGAAAGCAGAAGGGAAAUGAGGAAAGUCCGCCUACUCAAUAAGGAAGUUUAUCUAAAAAAAAAAUCAACUCGCGGCAGAUUGUAUGGUGUUCCCUCUCUGUUAUAGACCUUAGACUUUGGUAUAUGCCAUUCGUUUAUUUUUUCUUUCUAUUUUCUCCCAAAGAGAAUAAUAAUAAUGUAAUUGAAGAAAAUUCACAAUUCAGUAAUAGAGAAAGAUGUUUUGAAUGUAAGAUAUAUGUAUGCUAAAUUGGUAAUUCACUUGACAGUUUUGGUUGGCAGAAACCUCCUUGCGCAAUCAACGUUAAUUGUCCUGCUUUGUCUUGCU